AUGACGAGCCGAGGAGAUGAUGGCAAGUCGCAGAAUCCCUGGACGAUGACGAACCAACUCGUCAAUAGCCCAGACUCGGAACAGCCCAAAAAGCCUCAAGAUCAACCACUAAACCGCGCCUGCGAGGCGUGUCGCGUCUCCAAGGUUCGAUGUCUUAUGAACCCGGAUGCAAGCUCUACCCAGUGCCAACGAUGCGCGAAGGCGAAUAGAACAUGUGUUUUUGCGCCACCAGCUAAGAGAAGACAACGAAAAAGAACAGAUGUGCGAGUUACAGAGUUGGAGAAGGAGAUACAACAGAUGCGUAGCCUUUUGAAAACCAACACACGAUCAUCCAACGAUGUCAGCGAGCAAGAAUCGGGAGAUGACGACUCAGACGACCAAGGACAUACAAGGGGAAAGGAGACGCCCCCUAGAGUACCAAGUCGCCUGAGUAGCAUAACAGCGACAUCAAAGCUUUCAGUACCCAUAAAAAACCCAUCCACAGUCGACCCCGUCAUCACCGGCGCACCUACAGACUUCCUAGGGUCUUCUGACAAUGAUAUCAUAGACCGUGGUGUUAUCUCGGAAGACAUGGCUCAAGAACUCUUGAGCAUAUGGCGCACUGAGCUCGUCACUGCAUGUCCAGGUAUCACGAUUCCUAAGCAUUGGGAUGUCUUCGAUCUUCGAGCGAACAAGCCUGCACUCUUCCAUGCGAUCAUGGCUGCAGCUGCUCAUUCGAAAGGCUCUGCUUUGUCAGACAAACUGCAUGAAGAAACUGUCCUUCUCUACGCACGAUCUGCAUUCAUAAAGGGCGAGAAAUCAGUCCAGGCUAUACAAGCGCUCAUUGUCACUGUCACGUACUAUUCACCUUCAAAGACACCAGGACAGCUACAAAUCUAUCAGUGGGUUAACAUGGCCGCGUCGAUGGCUCUGGAACUAGGCUUGACAUCGAAGCCCAGAACGCACGAACAACUACCCAAGCGUGCGAUUCGGUCACUCCAAAAGAUAUCAUCGCCUGAAGAGUUGCUCGAGCACUGUCGGACUAUCUUGCUACUUUACAUUAUCAGUGCAGGUUUCUCGAUGAGGUUGAAACGACCCAAUAUACUACUGUUCAAUAGCUGGAUGGAAGAGUGUUUCAACAUCCUGGGAAAAUCAAAACUCUUGGACGACAAGAGAAUAGUCGCGUGGUUGAAACUUCAGAGGAUAGCUGACGAGGCGAACACAGCCUUUGGAUUCGACGACGCAAGUACUAGUUUCAGUCUCUCAGAGUUACGCAUGCAAAUCAUCUUGCGAAUCUUCGACCGGAGAAUGCAAGACUGGAGGAAAGCAAUCCCUGACGAUGUGAUGACGCUAAACCUCCAGCUGGAGUAUUAUGCAGACAUGUUGUCUAUGUGGGAAUUUGGGAUGGAUGGGGGUCGUUAUGACGUCAUCGAGUUUCGAAAUCGCCACAUCACUUUGCCCGCGUUGGACGACGACUGUGUGCAACCUGAAUCCCUCCUCUCGCGUUCAGCACUACAGAUCAAUGCGACGACGAAAUGCAUCAGCGCGGCGCACACCAUACUAGACUUCUUCAUUGCUGUCCCUAUCGACAAACUGCGCAAGUCGCCCAACGCCCUCUAUGUCCGUGCUGUUUACUCCCUAGUGAUAUUGAUGAAAGCCGAAUAUGCAGUCGGGACAGACGCCGAGAUGGGCGAGUUGCUCGAAAGCCAGAGUCUAAAGGUGAGCUUCUACCUUGACACGGUGCUGGAAAAGACGAAUGAGGCCGGAGGACCCCAGGAGUGCAGGGUAAGAGUCCCGAGCCAUUGGAACUUCUUGCUUCACGAGAAGUUGAAGAGUUGGUGGGACGAGUAUCAGGAGUGGAGGAAGGAGGGGAGACAUCUGAAGAGGAGGAAGAUGGGCGAUGGCGAUGAUGGUAGUACUGCGACGGGGAACCAGACGCCGGCGUUUGCAGAACCAACUACGCAGGUCGCGGCAUCCGCUGUAGAUACGUCGCAGGUCGCAGCGCAACACCAAGCACACCCAAUACCCAUGUCGAACUUUGCUUUGGGCAACGCUUAUCCCACGCCAACACCUUGGAGCGCGAACGAACUGGGACUUGAUACAGGUACACAAGCUCAGCCUAUCAGCGAUCAAACAACUUUUACGACUGAUAUGGGCGACUUCUCAGCGGCUUUUCAAAAUGGAGACCUGUAUUUAUGGAAUGACAUGACGGCAGACAAUUUUGGUGGUUGGGUUCCACAGGGAGGAUCCUAUGGUCAAGCGGGAUUUGGAGGAAUGAAUAGCCAUGGGUUUUGA